GUACGACACGCGUAAACAUUGUAGGCAAAAAUAGCGGAAGGAAACAGAACACAUCAUGUGGUCCAAUUCCGAAAAACCCUAAUUCAAAUUUUCGCUCUUUCCGUUCAUAUCAUAAACCCUAAAUCAACCCCUUUUACUUUUCAUCACUCUUUUUUCCCCUUUUCCCUUCACUUUCAUCACACCUUCGUCGGAAACCCACUCACCAUUUCCGAUUACACAUUUCGUUCGAGCAAUCUAAGAAACGAAGAACAUUUAUUUAUUUAUUUAGUUUAAUUAAUUUGGGGGUGAGAAAAUGGAAGCGCGAGUAGGGACGGUGGUUGAAGGAGGACAACGAGUUUUGAAUAAUCAACAAUCGCAGAUUGGAACGGUGUCUCAGCUUCUCGCUGGUGGGGUGGCUGGUGCUUUUGGAAAAACCUGCACUGCUCCUCUCUCUCGACUCACCAUUCUUUUUCAGGUGCAAGGUAUGCAUUUUGAUGUCGGUCAAGUCGCAGCACUAAGUAAACCUAGCCUUUUGUAUGAGGCUCAACGGAUUGUCAACGAAGAAGGAUUUAGAGCAUUUUGGAAAGGCAAUUUGGUGACAAUAGCUCAUCGUCUCCCUUAUUCUGCAGUAAAUUUCUAUACAUAUGAAUGCUACAAGAAUCUAUUGUACUCUGUUUUAGGGGAGAAUCAUAGAGCAAAGACUAGUAGUGAUGUCUUUGUGCACUUUGUCAGCGGUGGUAUGUCAGGCAUGACAGCUGCUUCGGCUUUAUAUCCAUUGGAUUUAGUUAGAACACGGCUUGCCGCACAGAGAAAUGUCAUAUACUACAAGGGAAUCUCACAUGCUUUUAGUACCAUAUGCAGAGAAGAAGGAUUCUUUGGAAUGUACAAGGGGCUUGGUGCAACAUUGUUGGGUGUCGGGCCUAGCAUAGCUCUAAGUUUUUCCGUUUACGAGAGCUUGCGUUCUUCUUGGAAGUCUCAAAGGCCAGAUGAUUCUACUGCUAUGGUCAGUCUUGCUUGUGGAAGUCUUUCAGGCGUUGCAUCAUCAACAGCAACAUUUCCAUUGGAUCUAGUAAGGCGAAGGAUGCAAUUGGAAGGGGUUGGUGGUCGACCUCGUGUCUAUAAUACCAGUUUAUUCCGGACAUUUGGUCACAUAUUUCGAAAUGAAGGAAUACGAGGUUUGUAUAGAGGCAUUUUGCCCGAGUAUUACAAGGUUGUUCCCGGCGUUGGCAUUGUCUUUAUGACUUAUGAGACAUUAAAGACCCUUCUUUCCAGCUUUCAAAAUCGUUAGCACACAGCAUUUUCCACCAGAUAUUGAUGCCAAUCAUUUAGUUAUAUACUUGGUAGGAAAUUUUGUGGUGUUCGGUUUCAUAUUUUGGAGUCACAGACACGUUUUUGUCUGUGUAUAGGUAGUUUUGGCUGAGUAAGAUCAAUUGUACCAAAGCAAAGCUUAGGUUUAAUAUAAUUGUAGUUAAGGAUGGCGAAAUAGUUUAACUUUAAUUUUAAUUUUUAACAUGACGUGUUUAAGAGUUUAGCAAUUUAGAUAAAAAUAUGGUUCUUAUGGCGGGAAAAUGAUUCAUGUAGCCGGCCUUAUUUAGUGGGAUAAGGCGUGGUUGUUGUUGGUUGUUGUCAACACGUUUAAGAGUUUAUUCGAGACAAAAUUUUGUAGAUGCAUUUUAUAACAACAUUAGCAAUUGAAUUUUGAUUUUCAUGUGUUA